AUGUCAAAUGAUUUCGAGCGGAACGCUCCAUUCUACUACUACGGUCACCAGGAGCCGGUCACAUCGUCGUGCGGUGGUAGUGUAAACGUCAAAAUGGAACAAAUCGAGACGGCGGUGAACCAGUCGGAAUCCACCUUUCUAAGUCCGGCGUACACGUACGGCUCGAACAUGAGCUCAACGGCACUUUCGGCCGCUCCAAACGUCGUGGUGCUUCCAGGAUUCAUGGACAACUACCCGGACAGCUGGAUGACACCGAGCCCCUCAAGCUUUGGUUCCGAAAGUCCCGAUUACUACUCGCUCGCUAACUCGCCCCGUCGCAGCUUCGUCGACGUCGAGGAGUACAAGGAGAACCUUCUGGCUUUGCAGCAACAGCAGCAACAACAACCCCAGACUCAGCAACAACAGCAGUCGGGACAACUUCCUUCACUUCUUGCUCCUCCAGUAGUACUUCCGCUUUCGCCACCACUCGCCUCGGCUCCGCUGCAGACGAUCGUCAACAACGCCAACGUAACAAUUACGCCAACCGGAACCACCAGCCUGCCAGUCAAAAAACGCCAGUACAAUCGCAAACCAAAAGCCGUAAAGCAAGUGCAACAACCACAGCACGGAGUCGUCAUGUCCACAGAAACAGACACCACCACGAGGACGGAUCUUUCCUGUCUGACGUUUUCCACCAAAGCGUUCUCGAAACCUGCCGACGCGGCCACACGUCCUGAAGGUGUUGCCGUUGUGAUCGGCAAACGGAAGCGCAAACAGGUCCCGCUGCAGGUCAAGAAAAAGCGCCGCCUAGCGGCAAACGCACGCGAACGUAAGCGAAUGCAGAGCCUUAACGAUGCGUUCGAUCGAUUGCGCCAGUACCUGCCUUCGCUGGGAAACGAUCGGCAGUUAUCGAAGCACGAGACACUUCAGAUGGCCCAGACAUACAUCACGGCGUUGUGCGAUCUGCUGCAGUAA